CAAACAAGAACGUGGAGUAUUUGGAAGCAAUCAAGCAAUGGAACCGUCGACAAGCUCCAAAUUGAUACCUCGCCAAUCGUCUCCAACGCCGUUGGAACCAGUGUGCCGAACUACCCAUAUACCCUUCUGUAUCUAUAUCCUCUUGUACCUCCUGCUACAAGAGUUGUACCAUGUUAUCUCACACCACCCCCAUUUCCUGCAACUUCCCUUCCCUCCAUUCCCAAAACCCUAAGCACAAACUUCCAAACUUAAAAACCUCGACUCUCCCUCUUUCUUUACAAAUUACCAAUGCAAGAUAUAAAUUAAAAUUCCCCCAAUUGACAAAAAGAGUUCACCUUCAAAUCUGUCGGAAUUCAUUAGACACCCAGAAACCACAAGAACCUGAUUUGGAGCAAAAAGAUUCAAUGAAAGUCGACGGCGAGAUUGGUGGUGGCGGCGGCCGGACGACUUCGUUUCUUAUCUUCUUGCUGUGGGGUGGACUCAUGUAUUAUAUUUUCAUUCUCGCACCCAACCAGACUCCGUCGACGGACAUGUAUCUGGUGAAAAAGCUUUGCUAUUUAAUUGGUGACGAUGGUUUCCAACUGAACCAUGUGAUUGUGGGUCUAUGGAACAUUAUGGGAUUAUGGCCUUUACUCUAUUGUAUGCUGCUGAUUCCAUCAGGCAGAAGCUCAAAAGGGAGUGUUCCUGUGUUUCCUUUUCUGAUACUUUCAUUCUUCUUGGGUGCAUAUGCUCUUAUACCUUAUUUUGUUCUUUGGAAACCACCACCACCACCUACCCAAGAAGCUGAGCUGGAAAAAUGGCCUCUAAACUUUCUUGAGUCAAAACUGACAGCUGGGAUAACAUUUGCUGUAGGAUUAGGUCUAAUUACCUACGCGGGUUUGGCCUCUGGGGAUGAUUGGAAGGAGUAUUUGCAAUAUUUUGGAGGGAGUAGACUCAUACAUGCUACAAGCAUUGAUUUUGCACUGCUAUCUACGUUUGCGCCUUUUUGGGUUUACAAUGACAUGAGUGCUCGAAAAUGGGAGGACAAGGGGUUUUGGCUUCUUCCAUUUUCGGUGAUUCCAUUUUUGGGCCCUGCUUUGUAUGUUCUCUUGAGGCCAUCUUUGUCAACAGCACCCAUCUCACUUGCAUCAAAAGAGGAGUGAUGUAUAUGUAUUCGUAGUUCUAAGGCUAUAUGUAAUGUAUUACAUAAUUUUAAUGCACAAAAUGUGGAAAUAGCAAGUUAUAUAUAUUCAAUUGGAGCUCAUUACCU